AUGGGAGCUGAUCUACUGGUCAUAAAGAACCAGGAACAGCAGGAGUUUAUACAGAGAAAUCUCAGACAGUGGAUAGAGGACUCAUACUGGAUAGGACUUCACCAUGAUGGAGACGGCUGGAGAUGGGUGGAUGGAGAACAUUAUAACAGCGGCUUGAUGGAGGAGGAGACGGAGAAAAAGGAAAAAGUGGAACAUCUGGUGGAGGAGAAUAAGGAGGACAAACAUCUGGAGGGAGAGGAGAAAAGGGAGGAGGAGGAAAUUAAGGAAGACAAACAUCUGGAGGAGGAGAAUAAGGAGACGGAGAAAAAGGAAAAAGUGGAACAUCUGGAGGAGGAAGCUAAGGAGGACGGAGAUCUAGAGGAGGAGGAAAAUCUGGAGGAGGAGGGCAUUAAGAAGGUGGAGCAACAUCUGGAGGAGAAGAAGAAUGAGGAGGGGGAACAUCUGGAGAAGGAGCAGGUUGAGGAGGUGAAGGAGAAACAUCUGGAUGAAGAGGAAAUAGAGAAGACUAAAAGAGAGGUGAAACAUCCAGAGAAAAAUGAGGAUAAGGAGGAGGAAUCAGAACAUCUGAAAGAGGAGAAACAUCACAGUGAGGAGAAUAGAAUUGCAGAGGAACUUAUCCAGGAGGCAGAGAAAGAGUUUGGAGAACACUGUGAUGUGAGGUGGUGGUACAGAGUGUACACGUCCCAGCCCACAAUACGAAUAAGAACCAUCAGCCGAUGUCCCACAUUUUACACUAUGGAGACCAUAAAAGAAGAAAUGGAUGGAGAGGGGGACGAAAGACCAAGAAGAAGAUCUUGGAUCCCCAAGUGCUUCAGGAGGAGACAACCAAGAAGCCUCAGCAGAGGAGAGAGCUGUGGGAUAAGAUUCCUAAGAAGAUUGUGCUGCUUCAGCAUUGAAACAAUAGAGUAAACAGUAGAGACUGGAAAUCAGCAAGCUGAUAAGAGGAGCAAUACUCAGGAAAGCAAAAAGUAUGCCAAACGACCUCAGGAAACCAGUAAGAAGUCGCCAGCCCCUCUGCCAGAUAUUCUUAGGAGGACUCUGCAAAAAGCACCCCCAGAAAGAGCCUGUCCCACUAGCCCUCUUGUAAAGCGAGCCAGUCAGUUAUUACAGGGCAUGCAGUUUCAGAGUCCGACUUCAAAGCUGUCGUCUCAGGAAAAUUUGCCUCUUCCAAUUACUCCAGGAUCUGGAUUGGAUGACAAUCAAUUGGAUAAUUAUAUCGAACAGACAAGGACCCCAACGUGCAAGCGUUAUAAUGAAGAUGGUGGAGAUCCAAAACCAACGUUCCCACCUGCAACUCCAGAUAUGCCCACUUGCAGCCCUGCCAGUGAGACUGGAAGUGAGAACAGUGUCAAUAUGGCUGCUCUCACACUCAUGAUACUAUCGCUGGCCUCUCUUGCAAAGUCAACAGGUAACACUCCUCUGAAGGAUAACACUUAGCAAUUAAAAUCUUCUAAGAGCGCAUGUAAAAAGAGAAAGCUUGAAGAAGCUGAGGAAUCUCAGACAGUCACAUAAGAGAGAACAUCUAAGUCCAUCUCUAAAAUAAAGAAAGCAAAGAAACAUUGGAAGAAGAUCAUGGACAUUUUUCCAGCUGGAAUAGACGUGGAUGCAUUUCUAAUGUCCCUUCAUUAUGAUAGCCAUUAUUAUGUUGUAUGUAAAGAUGUAUAAAGAGGUGUGUAAAAAAUAGGCUUGAGAGCUUACAUUCUAAUUUAAUAUUAAAGC